AUGGGAGUAGCAACUGCCAUUUUCCUAGUGUUCAAGGCCAACGAAACGGUGCAUUCCCUCCUUGUAUUUGCCUGGGCCUGUUUCAUCAAGCCUUUGAUCCACAAAAAAACCAGCGGUGCUGCCACCACCAAGGCCAACCAACAACAGUCGCUUGAACAAUUCUACAAAUCCCAAGCCCAUAUUUACGACAACACCAGAGAAUUCUUAUUGAAGGGCAGAAGAGAAUGUCUCCGUUUGGCAGUAGCCCAUUUGCAGAAGACCACUGACUUGGUCUGGAUUGAUAUUGGGGGAGGCACUGGCUCCAACAUCGAACACAUGAACAAGAUCUUGAACCUUUCCAAACACUUCAAGGCAGUUUAUCUCGUGGAUUUAUCUCCUUCUUUGUGUGAAGUGGCCACUCAAAGGUGUAAGAGCCAUGGAUGGACCAAUGUCCACGUUAUGGUUGCUGAUGCCUGUGACUUUGAAAUCGACUACAAGCACGCCGAUUUGAUUACUUUCUCAUACUCGCUUUCCAUGAUUCCUACCUUCAAUGCAGCAGUGGACAACGCAGUCUCCAAAUUAGACAAGUCCGGUAUCAUAGCUUCAGUAGACUUUGGUAUUCAAAGCUCGGAUACUUCCAUGGGCAGAAUCAAUACGGUUGGUGGUUCGAUCAACAGAAACAUUCCUUGGAUUUUGAGAAACUUCUGGAGAAUCUGGUUCGAAGCAGACAAGGUGUUUUUGGACUCUGCAAGAAGAAACUAUCUUGAAUAUAAAUUUGGUACCAUCAAGUCGGUCAACUGUUACAAUAAGAAAUUGGGAAAGAUCCCCUACUACAUCUGGAUUGGCUGCGACAAAACCAAGUCUCAAUCUAUCUUGCACAGACUCAACUGCUUGGCAACUGAAUCCCCUUACUUAGCACCUUCUUCAACACCAAUGGAGAUCGAUGUGCCUAUUUCCAAGGGCCAUGAGGCUGCUUUACUGAACUUUCAAAAGAACUUGCCAUUUCCAUCUCUUUACUACCAGAAAGAGUAUUGGAGAGUGUACUACGAUGAGCUCAACUCAAACUUCGAACAGUUCAAGAACCAAUAUAUCUAUGCUUUUACCUGGGAAGACCCCCGUGAGGACCACAAGAUCCUUAACUUCACUUCUGAAGAUACGGUGUUGGCCAUCACCUCUGCAGGUGACAACAUUCUUGCGUACGCCUCAUUGCCUAACCCACCUAAGAAGAUCCACGCAGUUGACUUGAACCCCUACCAAGGUCACUUGUUAGAGUUGAAGUUGGCCUCUUUCAAGAGCUUGAACCACCAACAAAUCUGGAACAUGUUUGGUGAGGGUAGAAUCGAUAACUUUACUGACUUGUUGAUGGAUAAGUUGAGUCCCCACAUGUCCUCCCACGCCUUCCAAUACUGGAUGGAGAAGGGACCAACUACCUUUUCUGGUAAGGGGCUCUACGACACCGGUUCUACCAGAUGGGCUUUGCGUCUUGCCAAAUGGACUUUCUCAGUGUUUGGUGUGACAAAGUACGUAGAACAAUUGUGUGCGGCUGAAACCAUGGAGCUGCAAAAAAAGAUUUGGAACGCUAAGAUCAAGCCUGCGUUGUUCAACCCAAUAGUUGCGACCCUCAUGGUGGGAAACCCCAUCUUUUUGUGGAAAGCUUUGGGAGUUCCAGCAAACCAAGCGUCCAUGAUGGGACCUUCGGUUUUGAAGUAUGUCAAGGACACCUUGGAUCCGCUCAUCAACCGGUCCUUGAUCUCCAAGGACAACUACUUCUACUACCUUUGUUUGAUGGGACGCUAUGCUUACAACAAUUGCCCCGAUUACUUGACUUUGAAGGGAUAUAAGCGUUUGACCACCACCAACAAUAACGGCACCACCCCUGCCGAUAACAUCAGAUUGCACACCGAUACUUUAAACGAUGUUUUCGACAGAUUGAGCAACAAGUCCAUCACCAUUGCAAUUAUCAUGGACCACAUGGAUUGGUUUGAUCCCAAGAGUAAAGAAGCUAAUGAAGAAAUCACCGCCUUGAAAAAGUGCUUGGCUCGCGGGGGCAGAGUGAUGUUGCGUUCAGCAUCGACCCAACCGUGGUAUAUCAGGACUUUUGAGGAGAUGGGGUUCAUGUGCGAACCUGCUGCUGUCAGAGAAAGUGGACAAUCGAUUGACAGAACCAACAUGUAUGCCUCCACCUGGGUGUGCACCAAGGUGACUGAUGACGAGGAUGCUGGUCGUCGCAGAAUCAGUAGCUUGAAGAUCUAG